AUGGUCCGCCAGAAAAGGAAAAUUUUACUUUAUCUUGACAAUGCACCAUCACACUUAAAAAUAAAUCUGUCUAACAUUAAACUUCAGUUUUCCCCAGCAAACACUACAUCAAAAUUACAGCCAAUGGACCAAGGAAUUAUUCAAACCCUCAAACUGAAAUUUAGAAAUCGCCAACUUAAGAAAAUGGUUCGUGAAAUGGAUCACAGCUCCAAAUGUGGAUCAGAAAUCCUGAAAAUUAUUUCUCUGUUGGAUGCAAUCUACUGGAUUGACAGAAGCUGGAAAGAAGUUGAAACGUCCACUAUAGUGAAGUGCUUUAAAAGAUGUGGUUUUGUUGAUAUGCAAAAUGAGAACCUUCCAACAACUGAAGUGGAUGUGAAUGAUGGGGGUGAUGAUGAUGAAGAUGAAGAUGAUGAUGUCCCACUUGCUGUCCUUCAGCUGCCAAGGGAACUUUUCGGUUGUGAAUUCCGAGAGUUAGUCAAGAUGGACGCGGAUAUGGAAGCAUGUGACAAUCAAGAAAGGGACUGGGACAAGCCAGCUUCAGAGAUUAUUGAGGAAAUGAAUGAGAAGGAAGAUGAGGAUUAUGAGGAAGAAGAGAGUGAGGAGUGUGAGUCUGUUAUUUGUCGGGAGAAGUUCUGCAAAAAUUUGGCGUAAAUGAAAAUUUAUUCAAAAUUUAUGCUCAAAUAUUAGAUAAACUUACAGUUAUUGAUGAUAUGAUAACAGAAGAACACAUCAAGUGCAAGUCAGGAGUGCAGACCAAAAUCAGCGACUUU